AUGUCAUCAUCGGUCAGCUUCGCCGCCGAGGGCGACUUCGAGUCGCCUUACGUGAGUCCGCUCAUACAGCCUGGCCAUCUGCUGUCCUGCGAAGAGCAAGAAGCGAUGUGUGCAGAGCAGGAGAUCCAGACGGCUGAGUGCGAUUUUGCUGCUGAUUUGGCCGGCCGACUGGGUGAGAUGCUGGCGCAGCAGCACAUACAGACCUGCGAGCUGAUGCGGCAACGUCACGAAGAGGUCAUGCGAGCCUUCAGCACUCAGAGCGACGUGCUGGCUCGCGUGCAGAUCCAGAAGAAAGUCCGUAUUCCACUGCGCCGGAAGGACUCCGAAAAAUCCACUGGAACUUCCGCAUGUCGCUCUGGCUCUCCGCAGGUAAUCGUGUCGAGCGAGGACGUUGCCACAAUGGUCAACUACAAGCUUCGAAGCACCUCGGGUAGUAUCGGCGCUGGAACUGAUUCCGACGGCUUCCCGCAGGUGUCGAGUACUGGCGAUGUGGUGCCUUUGAAGCCCAUCACAGAGGCCCCGGAGGUUAAGCCAGAUGACGAGGACAGCGUCGUGAUGCCACAGGAGCUGCCAGCAACCAAAAAAGUUCGCACAAUUAGUGGACGGAAUGUCCCGAUCAAGCCAGCUCGGCCGACAUUCACACCGCAAUUGUUCAAGACCUUUUCGCAGACGGAGCUGAAACUGCGGCGCGAUGCGCAGAAGGAGUCAAAGCGUCACUCAAUGCAGACAAGGUCAGAGAGCAUCCCCACUGAGCUGCUUGAGAGCCGCUUGGUGAGGUGUGUCAAGGCACCGGCUUUCGACGUCUUCUUCACAGCGGUAGUUCUCUCCAACUCGAUCUUCAUCGGAGUGGAGCUGCAAGUCUCGCUGUCAAACCCCGAUGGCACUCCGGUUCCCAUUGCCGUCAUCCAGUACACAUUUACCUUUUUGUUUCUGGCUGAGCUUCUCCUGAGAGGGGCGGCGGCUGGUGGGAUGAAAUUCUUCUGUGGCGAGGAUUGGAUGUGGGGCUGGCUGGACCUGAUGAUCGUGCUGACCUCUCUUUGGGAGGUUGGCUUUGAGGCGUAUGCCUUCUUUGCGCAAGGAACCGAAGGCGAUGGAGGCGGCCUGAAAAGUCUGACAAGUCUGAAGAUACUGCGAAUUGUACGCAUAACCCGCAUCGUGAAGGCCGCUCGGCUGAUCCGAAUCUUCCGAUUUGUGAUGGCAUUCCGGCUGCUGAUUGCCUCGAUCAUUGCCACUUUGAAGUCGCUGCUUUGGGCGCUCAUGCUUCUCGCUUUGAUCAUCUAUGUCUUCGCCAUCCUGUUGACGCAGGCGGUGCACAGCUACAAGGCGGACGCUGACAAUGUUCCUCUAUCACCAGCGGACGACGAUGCGAGCGAUCGCUACUUCGGAUCUCUGGCGCUGACGAUGCUGAGCCUUUUCAUGAGCAUCGCCGGCGGCGUGAGCUGGGAACAGGUGUUGGCACCGCUCAGUGCGAUGUCCGAAACCUGGAUUUGGAUCUUUCUCUUCUACAUUUCUUUCACGUACUUUGCCGUGUUGAAUGUGGUUACUGCAGUUUUCUGCCAGAGCGCCAUUGAUGGUGCUCAGAACGACCACGCUUCCAAAGUGCAUGCGAUCCUGGCCAACAAGGAGGCGCACCUUGGCAAGAUCAACACCUUGUUCAGCAAGUUUGGCGCUGAAGAUGGUGUCAUUACUUUCAAGAUGUUCCAGGAGAAGAUCAACUCGGUGGAAGUGCGUGAGUACUUCCAGACAUUGGGGCUCGACGUCUGGGAUGCAUGGUCUUUUUUCAAGCUCCUGGACAAGGAUUCCGGCGGCGCCGUCGAAAUUGAAGAGUUCCUCAUGGGUUGCUUGCGGCUGCGAGGUCAAGCCACGGCCAUGGAUGUCGGAAAGAUUAUCAAUGACCAGCAGUGGCUUAUGAAGACGCAGGGCAAGUUCAAUGCCUACAUGGAGGUUGAGCUGAACCAGAUCAAGGACCAGCUGACGAUCCUGACCGGAGUCAACUGCCACUCCGAUGAGCACAUCGGCUGGAUCUUCGAAUCGCACCAUCUGGGCUUGAAAGUAAGCGAAAAGAAGGAGCUUACGCCCGAAACAGGCACGAAGGAGAUUGUAGCAGAGAUGGGGACACCAGAGCUGGAGGGCUUCUGCCUGAUCACGGGGACAGUUGGUAUCUUGGACACCCGACAGGAUCUUGAGUCUGAAAACUCCAACUUCUGCCUCCGAAGCCAAAGAAACCUGGUUCCAGCAGGGCUUCUUCAGAAGACGUGGUGCGAGUUGUUGGAGCAGGUGGAAUUGCAGAGCACAGAGGAAGGUUUCGGCCCCUUACAGGGCCCAGCGACGGCUCUCGUCGUCUUUCUGCAUGGGCGAGGCGACACCGGUCACAACAUGUUGCCAGUGGUCUCCGCCCUGGCCUCCGCGAUUCCAACCGCCCGUUUUUGGCUCCCGACGGCACCCCGAAACGAGCAGGGGCGCGCUUCUUGGUACGAGACGGACAGCGCAGGACAGUUUGACCAGCGCAUCUACGAAUUGCGCCGUCAGCUCAUGACGCGAGUUCAGACGGACUGCCAGAAGCUUGGUCUGCAACUGUCGCAGGUUGCUUUCGCUGGCUUUUCCCAGGGCUCCAUGAUCGCCGCCCUUGCCGGGCUCGAGGCCCCCAGCCCCUGUGCUGGCCUGGGUGUGCUAUGCGGUGGAGUUCCCUGGGACCUCCAGCUCGGGGAUGCCUCACGUGACGUGCCAAUUCUGUUCGUGGCUGGCGGCAGCGACAGGACCGUCACCGCCGACACGACACGCAUUGCCAAGGAGCGACUUCUUGAGCUCGGCAUACGAAAUUUGCGCUAUACCGAGCUGCCAGAGCUAGCUCACGAGAUCUCCAGCGAGGUUCUCGAGAUGAUGAAGGAGUUUCUGGCCAGCUGUUUGCCAUGCCAGACUGCCCAGGACGGAGCAGCCCUGCACAUUCCUGAAGGGAUGCAGGUCAUCCUCCGCGGCACAUUAGGCGACUCUGAAAGUCGUGGAGUUGUCGAGAGUUUCGAGGAAGGUGGCGAAAAGUAUUGGAUUCGGAUGCCGAGCGGCGAUCGAAAGCUUCUCCACCCGUCGAGCUUCGUUCAAUGCCUGCAAGUGGAGUUGCUUCCAGCAGGCCUCGGCGAGAGCCCAGGCACCAUGGCCAGCUUGCUUGAUAUGGAGCUCGGGGCAGACGGAGGAGCUAGUGCAUACCUCGUGCAGGAAUGUCCCGUCGACGGUGUAGAUGCAGUGGGACCUGUUCUUCGCGUAAGUCCGCACAGGGUCCUGCUGCCCUUCGGAUGCGUUGUCCGGCUGGGUGGUUUGGACACAGGACCUGCGAGGCUGCGGCCCUUGGCUGGACGUCGAGCAGCGCUGCGAAGAGCGCUGGCUGAUGGCCGUCGGCUGCUGGCGGUCGAAGGUGAGUCGGCUCCCGUUCGGUUGCUUCCGCGGCAACUGCUGCCAUGA